AUGAAGAACUUCCUUGUGGAAAUGGAUAGAAGUUUUGAACGCUCGAACACGUCGGAAAUAGAAGAUAUCAUUGAAAUCCCAGAGGAUUACAAUGGUUUCGAAGAAAUGAAAAAUUGUAAAUCGCCAACAAUCAGUCCAGAAGAUUUAAUUCAAAGCAAGCCUCCUAAGCACAGAAGAUAUUCUAGUUGGAUAUGGCUAUGUGACACGACAAUUACAAAAGAACGUAUUAGGCGUCAGUUAAAUCGCAGCAAAACAACUGUUGAAGAACACCUUUGUUACCCAUGGUUACGACGUUUAUUCUUCCACUUAUCAAACUACUUCCCGAAUUUGCAUACCACUAGAUCGUCAAGAAGACGCCGACCACAUUCAGCCAACUUAUCAGCAACAUCAUCUUUAUCACAUCGGCAGACUGAUUUAAAUCCUAAUAAAAUGUCUAAUUUUUAUGCCCAUGAUCCGACGAGUAUAGCAUUUAAAGAUUGUGAAUUUCGACAAUCGACCAGGAUAAACCCAUCUAGGUAUGCUAAUCCAAAUGCCGAACUGCGGCAUACAAAAAAUUCUCCAAAUAUAUCUUUUAUAAUGGGAGACAACAGUAGUAGUAUUAAUAAUGGAAACAGUAACCUUAACACUAAAUCAAAACGGAGACCGCUACAGAGACAGAAAUCAAACGGAUUCACUGAACUUGAUGUAGAACAAGAGACAAGCAUCAAAGGAAGACAAACCUCAGGUUCGUCAUCUGAAAACACCACACGCAUUUUACCGGCUGGAAUUACAGGCAAACACUCUCAGAUAGAGGCGAAUUCAAUUCACCGAAUGAGAGUGGCGGACGACAACUCAGCUGGCCAUAAAGUCCCAGAAAAAGAGAAUUACUCCCCACCGAAAUCAGACAGUGAUGGAAAUUCACAGCUAGUGAGUUCACCAAUGUAUAAUUCAUCAACAGAAUACAAAAAUCACUUCCAUUUACAACCGGUGAAUGGUGAACGGUUUACGCCUAGAUCAUCUGGUAUUAAACUAUCCGAUAAUCUUAUAACCCCAAAAAAUCGUCGAGCAUAUAUGACACGUUCAGCCAACUUAGUCUACGAUACACUAGAUGAAGUCUCCAAUAACUUCGUUGUUAAUGACCGGUAUAAUUCUGUUACACCUGCAAAUCCCAGAGUAUACAAUUAUAAUAGUAAUAACGAUAUUACGACUAAUAUCAACAAUAUCACUACCAUAAGUAAACCUGCCAAUCAUCGUGAAAUGCCUGAUAAUCAGUACUGCAUUCAAUACAAACGAGUAAAGGCAAGAAGAACAAGUUCAAGUUCCCAAGCCGAGUUCAUUAAAACGUCGAAAAACAAAGGUUGUGUGAAAGAGAGACCGGUACAAGAUAAUUAUCAAACAAACAUUUAUUCUCCAAGGCAAAUAAAUGAAGACUAUACUAAUUGCACAGUAAAUUCCGGUAUUUACGCAUUAAGUUGUUUACCAAAAGAUCAAGAUCCAGUACAAAAGCAUGUAGAAACAUGGUUAAAACAAGCUGUAGCUCGGAAAACACAAGGGAAAGUGCAGAUUCGAAGAAGUCACAUGUCACAUGUAAGCAGUGGUGAGGCUCAAAGAGAACCACCGGAAACUGUUACGCCACAACCUCACAGUUUUGACGCGCCAGUCUCACUAUAUCCUGAUGAGUGCUUAUUCACUGCUGGAUACAUACGGCGUAAGCCAUUUAGUAUCAGCCUACAUACAUCAACUGAUAGCCAGCAAAUCAAACAGCCAUCGAUUACAAGAGACAGUGUCGAUGCACCCUGUUAUUUUGAACCGGCAUUCGAAAAGUACACCGAAAUAAACAACAACGACAACAGAACAAAUGAAAGGCUAAAUCUGCCCCUAUAUGAUCACACGAAAUUAUAUCGUAGACAUAGCGAUAAUCCAAUAUCUGAGGUAUGCAACAAAAAUUAUAAACUAUCUCAAGAAAUUCGUCAUGUCAGUCAUGCUACUCAUAAUACUAAUAGUAGUCACACAAGUAGAGAUUAUGAUUUUUCACCGUUUAACUCUGAUCGUUUAUUGGUGACUAACAUGUCACGCGAACGUGCCAGUUCGUUUCAAGAAUCAAAUCAGGUAAACAAAGAGUAUUCAUAUCAUAUUAAUAAUCAAGAUAUUUUUAAUAAUAAAAGGCCUUCGUACAAUAAAAAUAACAGUAAUAAUUUGCCCCUUAGUCAUCAUCUAAGUAUUAUGCAUACUGACGUCGAAAGAUCGAUAAAUCCGGCAAACUUAAAGCAGAGUCAUAGUUUCAGUGAAAGGUACAAAAUUCCCAAACUACCGACAUUUACACCUCCAUUACAGAAAUAUCGUCUCAAGCACACCUUAUCAGAGGAAAACAGAAGAAAUAUGACGCCUUCAGCGUGGAGUAACAAGAAUACAUCACAGUCAUUGCGUAAAAUGAUAGAUUUAAACAAAUCUCUACAAAUCCCAAUAGAUUCAAAUUAUAGCCAGCAGAUAAACUAUGAACUAAACAGACGUGAUUCAAAAUAUUCUAAAAUGCUACAGCCUAAUUCCUCCAGUGACUACUCAGUAUCUCAUCCACAUCUUUUAAAUAUGCACAGUGAAAGACGCUAUUCACGACACUUAAAGCCAUUGGACGCCUGGCAAAAUAGACAAUCACACAGUAUGGAGAUUGUUAACUCCAUACCUAUCAAUCAGCGUUCGUCAUCCAGCCCACAGAAACGCAGUCCGUUAUCCAAACAAACAGCUAUUCGUAAAUUACCAGCUGUUUAUAGUCGAUCACUUCAACAUUCCACAUGUUCAUUUCCAGUUCAUUGGGGUGGCUUUCUCAGUGGACCAACACUAUCUCUUACAUCAGCAUUUGAUUCAUCAAGUUUAACACCCGAUUCCCUAAACCAUAAACACUUUUUCCGUAGCUCUUUAGAUUCGCACGAAGCAACGCAGCCUGUAUUAGUGCAGCAACAACAACAGAAACAAAUUCAGCAACGAUUACAAAAAUCUUACAGAAGUAUGUUUUCAGCCUCAGCUUCGGAAUCACCUAACAAUUUGAUUGGAACAGAGGAAUCGAUAACAAGCAGUCGACACGUUAAAAGUUUACACCAAUCGCGAAUAAACUUAUUACCAUGGUCAUAUAACAACAAUAGUAGUAAUCCGACACAACCGCUUGCACGUAAAGUCCAUAGUUUUGAAUUGAAUUCUAAUCCUCACUACCAAAAACUGUUACCUGAUCUUAUUAGGAAUAAUUCACCUCUAUUGAAAGUCAACGACAAUCAGUUAUCAGGACAUUCAGCUUACUCCUCAAGACGUGGUUCAUCGAAUAGUAAUAAUUCUGUGUUCUUACCUAAAGAAUGGAGAUUUUCCAAGCCCAAGGUAAACAGCGAAAUUCCCUCUGUUCAGAAUUCAGUAUUCUACAAUGCCGACAAUUACCACAAUCCUAAAGGCAAUAACCCCAUCAAUACUGAUACUGUGUCACAAUCAGUAAUUCAGGACAGUUCGACGAAACCAAUAGAAAAGCUUAUACCACCGGACCUUAUUUUUAGUCCAGCAUCACGACGUGCUUCAAUGAUGGAUGAAGAUAUAUCGGGCAUUCAAGAUUCAACUUUAAACGUCACAAGUGGUUUAACAGAAUUUCAUUUAAAUCACCCAAAUGAUGAAAUCACUACUCCUAAUGUGCCUAUCGAAACACUUCACCAAGAUGUUAUCAGUACAAAAGGUAUGAAUAAUACAAAUCCACUUUAUUAUGAAAAUAAACAUCCCGGUCAACUAAUGUCGACCUAUUUACAUGAAUCAGAUCAACACAACUACACAUCACACCAUUACUUUCUAAAGUAUAGCAGACAUAAGUCAGCAGAUACAUUCAUCACACGAAAUGGACUGAAUUACUUCAAACAUUUCUAUUCUCACAGGAACAGCUCAACCAUUCAUCAGAACUCUCCAAAUUUAUCCGAAAGCUAUUCUUCGUCAGAUCAUCAAAGCAUAAUACCAUCACCACAAUUACCUAUAUUAAUUAAUAAGGCCUAUAAAAACACUUCCCAAUACCAGUCACAUAUACAUGUGGCAUGUUGUUCACAAACUGACAUGAGAAAUAUAGAAAAUGCAUGGGAUUCUGUGGGUAAGGUUAUCAGUAAUUAUCCUAAACAUAUUAAACAUGUCAGCACAACAAACUCUGCUUUUGAUUUAACCUGCUGCCAUAAUGUGUCAACCUUUCCAAAUGCUAAUAAUCAAGAUAGCUGUAAUGAUGAUAGAGGUAACGAAGACAAUAUCAUUAACGUUGUCAAAACACAAGACUCACUCAUUCAAAUACAUCCAUUAUCAGAUGAAGAACUCAGUGACAAGUCCGUACCUGAAUCUUCAACAUCAUUAUCACUGGUAUGCAAAGAUUAUCUCUUCAACAGUUCCCGUGGAAAUGAGAUAAACACUGUUGAUCCGUUACUUUUGAAACCUUCCCUAAGGCCGAUUGUUGACAGUAGUGAAGAAAACACGAGUGACCUAUAUGAGAAUGAUACCUGUUUCAUUGAUCGAUCAGAACUCAUAAAUAUUUCGAAGAAAUCAACAGCUACGUCAGCCGCCAACCUAACACAGUCAACGUAUCAAAGAAACAAAAGUGCAACAGUAUUAAAUACGAAUGUUUCAAACAAUGAUAAUAUUGAUAGUCAUGACGCCAGACGAAGAAGUUUUCUAGUUAGAUACUGGCAACAAGCUAUUCAGCAAGAUGAUGAACAAGGUCAUGAAGACAACGGCAAUAUUUAUGAGUCGGAAGAUGAGUUCAGGAAAAAGAAGAACAAAAUAAGUCGAUAUGAAUCUACAGGUGUACUGAACCAUUACAAAUGUAAAUACAAUGGUGAUGAUGAUACCCAUAGCAUAGAUUAUGAUGACGAUUGUGACGAUGAUACCGACAAACAGAAAAAUCUGGGGGACCCAACAAUAGCAUGUAUAAAUAAAUCAUUAAAUAAUGCACGUUGCAAAUCAAGUGAAUCCGGACUAAACUACCUAUACAACAAUAGAAAUGAUAAUAAUCAUCAAAUCAAUAGUAGUAUAGUGAACAAUAGUAAUGAAACAUACUUCAGACAAAUUCCACUAUCAAUGCGUUACCGACAACAAAAACAAGAAACAGACUAUUAUAAUACAAAUAUCAAACCACGAAUAAAAUCAAAAUAUCAUUGAACACCAUGGUUUGUAUAGUAUAAUUAGACUUUAUUCUAUGAGACAUACAUAUAUAUAAUGUUAAUGUAAUAUAUAUAUAUAUAUAUAUGUCCAGAUGGGUUGACAAACUAAUGCCUGUUUCACAAAACAGAAAAUAAGAUAGAAUACAUGUUUUUCUUGCUGGUUCGGUUUUUUAAAUCGUUUCUUUAACAAGUGCUUUGGGAGCAAAUGAAUAUAUACAUAUGAUAAGAUAACAAUUAGGGGUCCAGAGGAACAAACUCACCAAUGGUCCAGAAACGCACUAGUAGAGGAAGUUAGCUAAACCAGGUAAAAGACACCAAAUUUGUAGAAAAAUGAUGAAAGAAGAAUGUUAAACAAGAUAUCCGGCUAAAUUGGGGUACCGUUAGGAAAAGUUUAGGAUGGGGAUUAAGCUAGGAAUUAAGGCUAGUUUAAAUUAGGCCACAGAAGGUUAGAGUUAUGUGGUAUUACAUUACGGUCAGGUUAAGGGAAAUGAGCGUUACAGUUAUGUAUGGAAGAGAUUAGGGUGAGGUUUAGGUAAGAGUAGACAAAAAUUAGACUAAGGGUUCAUUUAGGAACCCGAAUUCGUUUUCGAGGGUGAUUGGUUGUCUCAAGGUCACUGGUUCACUCUAAUCACCUGGAUCGCCAUUCUUAAACUUUGCCAGAAUAUCAUUUCCGACUGAAGUUCUGAAUCAUAUAGGCUUACUAAUUGAUUUUAGACGGCGAAGGUUGAGUAUCAAAAAACCAGACUCAUUUAAAACAAGCACCACAUAUUAACUGCAAGUAAAGAAUAAAUAAACAAGUUAUGAAACGAUAUCCAGUUAGUUAUCUCUUAUAAUGUACAUUCAAGCCAUAGUGAGGGAGAGAAUUUAAACUUCU